GGUGCGAGGCAAGCAGUACCGGGGUGGAGGGUCUCCGGUGCAGGGGUGACAAAUACCCCAGCACCUUUUGGUUUCGUUUCCCCGGCGGGGCGGCCCCGCCCAGGGGUGUGUCCAACAUGCUGACCCUGUCCAUAAAGUUGUGCCCGAUAAUUAAACCCUGCCUAUUAAGGCGCGGCCCGCAGGAAACCCCGCCUAGAUGCUUGUCCGGCUGGAGGAUUGACAUAUGGAGGGGUCGCUCGGGACACACCUCCACCCUAAAGGGCGACUCCCGAACGGCCCCCCCACACCUGUCCCACUCCUUCCCCGCAGGAGCUGGAGGAGGUGCGGCGCUGGGAGGGGGCCCGUGACGUGCGGCCGCUGGACGGGAAUGUGCGGCGCUGGACGGGGCUUCUGUUGCCCCGUGGACCUCGAGGGCCGCGUUUGCCAGCCCCUCACCACCCACGUGCACUGGGAACCCACCACGCGCGCCAUCCAAGUGCUCCAGGACCUGCUGCUGCAGCUGGACAGCCCCGACCCCCAGCGGAUGCUGCGGCUGGACGUGGCCAGGGAGCUGCAGGAGCGUCCCGAGGAGUUCCGGCGCCGGGCAGAGGAACACAGCCGGCUCCACGCCGAGCCGCGCCCCGACCCCUAGACAUGAUGCAAUAAAUCCUCUCCAUCCCCUGCUCUGGCUCCGUGGUGCCUCACUGCGAGGGUGUCGGGC